ACAGGUCCUCCAGGUGGAAUUCAUAACGAGCAAGCUGAAACCAGAACCAGCGUCUGAAGCGCGACUUGUCGGCAAUGGCGGAAGUAGUAGUCAUUGUUGUCUGGAACCGAUUGUGAAACCAAGUUGCCAGUAUGUUUUGCUAGGGAGGCUCGCGUACGACUCUACCUCUUAUCGUACUGACUGCCAAUCGCCGCUGGCAGCGGGCGAAGAUGACUCGCGGCCUCGCCUUGCGACGGUGCGAGGGCCUUUUUCAAAGAGUUGCGUCGCGCGCUGCUGGGUCUGUAUUGAGAGAGUCGCACGGCUCGUCUUACGCUUCGUGGGAGUCGCAUGGCUGGUCGCACGCUCCGCGCGAAUCACGCUCGCAUGAUGGUCCGCAGCUGGACCAGUCCUGUUCCCCUCCCUUCCGCGCUAUACGUAGGAGCAGGAAAUUCAGCAGCAGCAGCAGCGAGAGAAGCGGCGGAAACAGCAGAGGCGGCGACAGUCUGUCGCUUCCAGGGGUGAAGCACAUCGUUGCGGUGGCGUCAGCUAAAGGCGGCGUUGGCAAGUCGACCACGGCUGUGAACCUGGCCGUGGCUCUCUCGCACCAUCUUCGCCUGAGAGUCGGCCUGCUAGACGCUGACGUCUUUGGCCCAUCUCUCCCCAAGCUGCUAGGCUUGGAAUCCGCCGGCCGCCCUCUCCUCGCGUCCCCGUCCCCUGGUUCGCCCAUGCUGCCGCUGCAGGCCUACGGGCUGCUCUGCAUGUCCAUGGGCUUCCUCAUGCCUGCUGACGUGGCGGCGGUGUGGCGCGGGCCCAUGGUGAUGGCGGCAGUGGAGAAGCUUCUAAGGGGGACAAAGUGGGGGCGGCUGGACGUGCUGGUGGUGGACAUGCCGCCGGGGACGGGGGACGUGCAGCUGAGCCUGAGCCAGCGGGCCAGGCUGUCAGGCGCGCUGAUAGUUUCGACACCGCAGGACCUAGCUCUCAUGGACGCGCGCAGGGGAGUGACCAUGUUCCGCCAAGUGAACGUGCCGGUCCUCGGUCUGGUCGAGAACAUGAGCUAUUUCACCUGUCCGGAGUGCGCCCAUCGCUCGCACAUCUUCGGGCAUGGAGGCGCCAGAGAGGCAGCGACAGAGCUGGGCAUCGAGUUCAUCGCUGAGGUGCCUCUUCUGCCGUCCAUCCGCAGCAGAUCAGACAGCGGGCACCCCGUUGCUCUUGGUGAAGCUGUUGCAAGCGAGGGAGAAGAUUGGGGGGCAGAGGGUCCGGGAGCAGAAUGUGGGGGAGCAACAAGGGGGGAGGGUGCAGGUGGUGAGGCGGCGGUGGUGGGGACGUAUGAGCGCAUGGCUCGGAGGGUGUGGGAGAAGCUGGAGGAGCAAGCGCAGGCGGGUGGGGCCGCACAGGGACCAACGAUAGUGAAUGACUGAUGGGAGAAGAGAAAGGGGCCAUUUGAGGACAGUGCAGGUGAUAAGCUGCUAUGUCGGAGUUGUGGGGUGUAUGAGCCAUGGCUCUAGGGUGUAGGAUUGGUGAUGGUGACCUUUGGUUGAUCACAACAACGAUCGGUGUUGUACACGGAUCAGUGUUGUACAUAGUGUUAGAAAAAGAAUUUGUUAAAUUUGAAGCUCUGAAAGAUGAUCAGGAUCCUUCUUUUUCUUCUUCGCCAUCGAGGUACCGUAUUCCCCCGUAUAAAGCACCCUAGGGUGGUAACCAAAAUGCCUAUAAAUUUUGAGGGGGGUGUAAUUAGUGGCUAAUUUUGCAUAACGCCUGGGUGUUGUGGAACAUGCGUAUGUGAUAUUGUUUUUCCUAAACAAAGUGCA